GAGACAGAACCAUCAGUCAUAAAGUAGAUAUCAGUGAUGUUGGUGACAAUUCUGCCAUUUUUUCUGGCCGCGAACAUCGCCGUCGACGGUCCCUAUCGGCGGGCCGAAUGGGCGAUGUACGGCCCGGAAUGCACCUAUGACGUUCUCGUCAACAUGUCCUUGGCCAACAUCGUCCAGGACAAUGACAAUUUCUGCGCGAUGAUCGCCACCGAGCUCAAGUGCCGGCCGAGGGGUCACGACAUUCUCAAUUGCCGUUUUGAGAACGCGCGGAUUAAGCGUCCCGAUUUGAAGGACGACAGGUGUUCGAACGCACGCGACUUCGUGCCCACAAGGUACAGAUUUGUGGGCGACGAACCGUUCGAGAUACGAUUCAAUCCGAGAGGCGUCGAGAAUCUGGUGGUGCACAGAUCGAUUCCCAGAUGGAGGCUCGACAUGAUCAAAGUUAUAGUCAGCCAGUUGAACAUCGGCUUCGACGUGCAGGAACGUCGCGAGAGAUUCACCAUCAUGGAAAACUCGACGGUGGGUUACUGCGAGGUCGACGUUAAUGUCAUCCGCGGUGGUUCUUCGGAGGAGACGGACGACGAUGACGACGACUCCGUCGAAGAGGGCGAGAACUUCGAGAUAGGAUUCAUAUCGCUGACUAACGAGCUAAUGCGACCCGUGACAGAGAGAUUGCGGGUGGAGAAAGUGCGGCAUCCGAAGAGGUGCCCGCGUAGAACGAUUUACUUCUUCGGGAAUCACGAGGAUUACAGCCACGGCGACAAAGAUCUUUACAUGGACAUGACUACCUCUGUGAGCCACAUUACGAUCUCGAAGAACAAAUUCGCGUCCUACACGGUAUCUGAGGGUGUGAUGAAGACGGCAAACAAAUCGCGGAUUAUGCGUCCUCAUCAGAACAUAAGCCUGAAAUUGAAGCGAAUCGAUCUCGCUCGACAAUCACUGCCGGAGAUUCAAAAUCCGGCCUCGACAAGUCUGUUCGCGUUCUCCAAUCUCGAGACCAUUUCGGAAGAUGCGGAAUCCAAAAAAUAAAAAUAUUAAAAAAAAAAACACAAUUACUCUAAACACGUAUAUGUAUAUAAAAAAU